AUGUCUACCGUGUAUGUAAGAGAUAUUAACUCUAGGAUGGCUCGUAGAAGACUCUUUUUAAUCACUCUAAGCUUGUUUGCAGCAAUUAUGAUCAUCACUACUUUCACUUUUUAUCUACACGACGAUAAGUUAAAUUCUCAGUUUAAUGAUGAAGGGAGUUCCUUAAAGAAUGAAGGACCUUACAAGACACAUGGCACUGUUCUUCAAUAUGCUACAACGAAAGGCCACUUCACUGAUGAAACACUGACGCGAUACGGAGCCAAUUUAAAACUUAAUUUGAGACAUCGUUGUCCAGAAGGAUCACUCAUGAUGUCAGCUAAAGCUAAUUCAUAUCGUCACGGUAAAGGCAAGACCAGCAAGUGCCCUAAAGUAUUUAUCAUUGGCACAAAGAAAGGAGGGACCACUUCCCUUUAUCAGUAUCUAUCGAUGCACCCUGACUUUAGAGGCAUUGGCACGAAUAAUACUAAAUGGGUGGGAGAGACGUUUUAUUUUGCUCAGAGAUACGGUAAAAUCUCGCUUAACUCGUAUUUGAAUUUAUUUCCAAAGAAGAAGAUGAGUGGUGAUGCUAGUGUUGAUAAUCUGUUGCAUUGCAAAGCUCCUUUUAGGAUACUUAAAACUUGUGGAGGAAGAGACACAAAAGUAAUUAUAUUAUUACGUCACCCAGUCCAGCGGUAUGUGUCAAACUUUAUGAUGCGUGUGGUUGGUAGGGCAUACAAACUACAUUCAAAUUCCUCCUCGAUACACGAUCAACUGUUGCACGAUAUAAAAUUAUUAAACAAGCACCUUGGCGCUAGUGAUAAAGUUUAUCCUCAUCGUGCUUCGGAAUGGAACAAGUUACUCUGUUUAUUUGAGUGCUGUCAGAAUAUCCUGUACGAAGGUCUGUAUUAUGUUUUUGUAAUGAACUGGCUAUGCAACUUUCCCAAGGAAAAUAUUCUAAUUAUUAACAGUGAAGAGAUGUUUUGGAGACCUGCUUUCAUUUUAAAGCAAGUGCUGGAUUUCGUUGGAUUAAAACCACUGAGUACUGACUCCUUGUAUGAGAUUACAUCCCAUGUAUACAACAAAGGUGUAAAACCGUUUCUUCCACAGCAUCACAUGAGCUCUGAUGAUCAGGAACUGCUCUUAAGUUAUUAUUCGAUAUUUAAUGAUGCCAUUUUCGAUUUGCUUGACUGGAAAUUGAAUUGGUCAUAG